CUACUGGAUCUUAUUCUGAGUUUUAUGUAAGGAUGACUGGUUUAAUUUCUAGUGCAAGCUCUGUGAAUAAUAAGGAUUAUGAUUUAGCAGUCUUUGAGUCAAGAUUAUUUACUACUGCUGUUAUUGCUGGUUUAAAUGCAUCAGAUGAUCCAAUCAGGACUAUAUCUUGUUCCUUUGUCUCACUUACUGCACAGCAUAUUGGUAAUCAGUCAUUGGAUCGCAUUGAGUGUAAUGUAAGAGAGUAUCCACCAAAUGAACAGUUGAUGUUGAAUGUUGCACAAAGAAUUUUUAAAACCAUUAACCUGUUAGUUUCUGAGGAUUUUCAACAGUUUCACUUUUCAGAAUUUGGGUUUUGUAAUGAAAGCUACACUACAUCAUCAAUAUAUGGUAAUUAUACCUGGCCUGAGGUAGCCUUGACUAGUAGCAGGACUAGUUCUUCUGUUUCACAUUCUUGUAAUUUUCAUUGUGGUUCUGUCACUCGAAUUUGUCGUGUUACUGGUUGGGAUAUUCCUGACUACAGUCAAUGUGGAGUAUCCGCAGGAACAUUUUUGAUUUAUGACAUACACGAGAGUGAACUUGUCAGAGAUUCUUAUACAAUAAAUCAAGGAUAUGCCUUUGGAUUGAUAUGUGGACUGUUUUGUAGUUCAAGCCCAACAGGAGAAGAGUUCAAGUGGUUUGAUUCAAAUGGAAAUGAAGUUAAAAAUUUAUCCAAGUUCAUUAAAUCAAGUUUCACAUCAACCAAUAAUGGAACAAGGCUCCUUAAUAAAGGAGUCUCCAUUUCUGACUUUAAAGGACUCUAUUCACAGCAAUAUAUUGAAGAUACGUUUGAGUUUGAGUCCAUGGAUGUAGCAUAUUUAAUAAGUUACAUUGACUUUGAUCGUGAGGGUGACUUUAUACUACCUGAUACAUAUAUUUCUGGAUCAUACACAUGCAGAUCUUCAUCUGGAAAUUAUUCUCAAACAGUUUCAGUCAAUACUAGAAAUCCCAAUGGCCCAUUUUCUCAAUUCUUUUUCAGAUUCACUACUUUCUUUACUAAUAUAAGUUUAACAGAUGUUGAGGAUAAAGAUUAUACACUGGAAGUCUUUGAAGCAAAUAUAUUUUAUGAAGCUGAUGUUGUUGAUGGUUUCAAUUCAACAACAAAUCCAAUUAGGACAAUAUAUUGUCACUUUGUUCCACUAAUGGAGGAGGAUGUUACUGGUGAUCGUGUAGAGUGUGAUGUGAGGGAGUAUCCACCAAACAGUUCAUUUGUGGCUGUUGUUUGGCAUAAUAUAAGUACCUUUAUAUCAGAUACUGAUAAUAAUGCAUUUCAGUCUAUUGUAAUGUCAGUCACUGGGUUUUGCAAUCAAAGCCAAACUGAGUCACUAGAUUUUGGUGUUCACACAUGGUCAGAGUCAUUUGGUAAUACUAUACUUACACUGCCUUGUGGUAACCGCCCUAUGAUGAAUGUCACUCGAAUGUGUCAGACUACUGGAGUUGGCUGGGAAAAUCCUGAUUAUAGUCAAUGUGAAACUAGUACUUGUGAAAAUGACACUAUUGUAACAAAUCGUGGUACAUUUCAAUGGCCAGAAAUACCUGUUGAAUCAUUUGUUGACCUUCCUUGUCCUCAUGGAGUCUCUUAUACCCUUCAGUUCUUAUUUGCUUUCUUCAAUGCUUUCCAAGGAUUCUUCAUAUUUAUAUUUUUUGUUGUACUGAGCAGUGAUGCAAGAGCAGCAUGGAAAUCCCUAUUGUGUCCAUGUUUUGUGAAAAAAAUGCAAAUGACAUCAAAAUAUUAUCUGUCUUCUAACAAGAAGAGGUCCAAUUACAUUUGUUCUAAUACUUAUUCUUCAAGCGCCUUUGAAUCUAAAGACAGCACUUUAAAUGAAAAAUCUGGGGAUAAAAUUUAUCUUCCUCCUCUGGUUGAAGAAGAUGAUGUUCCAGCUGAUCAUGGUAGUCAAAAGAAAAGCAGUGACUUGGAUUUGGUUGAACUCAAAGGAGCUCGUGUCAAGCGUCAUUCGACUCGUAAGCACACAUCUCAUCAUGUUGAGCAAGUUGAUGUUGACUUCUUUGACAAUGACAGAAAUGCAAGCUUAUGA